AUGAUCGGAAGAACAGAAGACGACUCCGGCCCUGAAGCGCGAGCAAGCCAUGAUAUCAAAAGAACCGGGUCUGAAGAUUCAGAGCAUCUAGAGAAUGUCGGCGUGGUUUCUCCAGUCACCGUCUCAGAUGACAUGGAGUGCGAGAAUGAAUCACCGCAGAACCCUCGGAACUGGCCCCAUUGGAAAAAGAAUGCUCAGAUUUUGAUGGUGGCCUUCCAUUCCAUGAUGGGAACUUUCAUGGCGGCUGGCAUCGUUCCGGCGUAUGACGCCUUUGCUGAAGAAUACAAUGUCACAGUGCCGACUGCCACUUAUUUGACAUCAGUGCAGAUUUUACUCCUAGGCUUGUCACCUCUCAUAUGGAACCCAGUCACCGCGAUAUACGGCCGAUACCAUGUCACUUUGCUCUCGGUACUUGGAAGCAUGGUAUGCAACAUCGGUGGUGCACGAUGCACUUCCUACGGUGCUCAGAUGGCCACAAGAGUGCUCACGGCUAUUCUGAUCUCUCCACCCAUCGGUAAUGGUAGUGGCGUGAUUACAGAGCUAUGUGAGCCUGAGCAUCGAGGAAAGAAGAUAGGUUGGUGGACAUUGAUGACGACCAUUGGGACACCGUUUGGCCCAUUCUUUAUGGGAUUCGUGAUCAAACACAUUGGCGUCCAGUGGAUUUUCUGGAUCUUCGCGAUUGUCAACUUCUGCCAGUUCUUGUUUUAUCUUGCCAUCGGAGACGAGACAAUCUACAACCCCAAGAACGAGCGAAAAGAAAACGGCUUCUGGAGUAAGCUGGUCCCAAGAAAGAUCAGCUCCAGAUCCCUCCGGCCCCAGGACAUCGUUGCGCCGUUCACUUUGGCUCAACACCCACGAAUCCUCGUCGCUGCAUUUGCUCAUGCCAUCACCUUCUGCUAUGCCAACAUUGCCAUCAUCGUGGAAAUGCCCAUAGCAUUUGGGGAGAAGUUCGAUUUUGAUGCCCAGCAGAUCGGACUGCAGUUUAUCGCCAUCAUCAUUGGGUGUGUGUUGGGUGAGCAAAUCAGUGGGCCGAUGUGCGAUUGGUUCAUGGGGCGAAUUCGCAAGUCGCGAGGUCAAUCCUAUCCGGCCGAUCGGCUCUGGCUUUCAUACAUUGCUUUCGCCACAAUCUUUGCUGGGCUGUUGACUUGGGGAUUCCAGCUUCAGCAUGCGACAACCUGGAAUGUGACCCCUUGCGUUGGAGCCGCGAUUGCGAGCUUCGGCAAUCAAAUGCAGACAACCAUUCUCACUACCUUCGCAGUAGAGAGCAAUAAGGAGAGAGCAAGCCAGGUUGGUGUUUUUGUCAACGUUUGCCGACAGAUCUAUGGAUUCCUUGGUCCUUUUUACUUCCCGGACAUGUUCACUGCGCUGGGAUUAGGCGGUGCGGCUGGUGUGAUGGUGGCAAUCAUCGGGGGAUGUGCGUUACUCCCGAUCAUCGCAGUGCAAUUUGUUUCGACGCGGAUCGACGCACGUUGA